CACAAAAUAGAAUUUAGUCAACAGCUGAGCUGAUGCAGGCAAUGGACAGAAGUGCGCAGUGCAUUAUCGUUAUAAUCUGAAUAGAUUCAGCGGGAAUAUAAAAUCUCAAAGGUUACAGGCGAAGAAAUGGCUAAUUUGGGGUUUUUCCAAGAUGGGAAAAGUGCAGAAAAUGUAUUCGUGUUUGUGGCUCAUUACAUGUUUAAAGACGAUGAGGUAAAUGAGAGACUUGGGAACGAUGAAGAUGUUGCUAAUUUGCGAGCAACGUUUGAAACCAAACGUGGAUGUCACUUCCGAGAGUGGCCAUCGCCGCGAAAAGACGAAUUACUGCACUUGCUCUCUGACCAAGAAACACUAUUAAAAUAUUUCAACUCAAAUGAUGCCCCGUCUGUGUUCAUACCAUUCUUUCUGUCGCACGGCAACCGCGAUGGAGUCAUUUAUACCGAUCACCUCGACCAAGACAAAAAUGAUUAUGAAUAUUUUACCACAAAAGAGGUGGUUGAAGCUUUACAGAGUUCAACUGCACUGGAACCAAGCUUGAAAAUAAUUUUUUUCGCGCCUUGCCGAGGUGAAAUUGACGAUUUGGUUCACGCACCUGGACAGGGACGCGAUUACCCUGAGCUAAGGAAUAAUAAAAAUUCUUGCAGAGUCACAAGCUUUCCGAACCAAGAGAAUUUCGUCUUAGUUUAUUCAACAGUAGAAACAACCAAGGCAGUACGCAGCGAAAAGCUAGGCUCUGUACUUGUACGCUACACUUGCGAAACAUUGAACAACUUGCGGAAAAACGCACCGCUGGAAGUCCUGCUGAAUAAAAUUCAAUACAAUGUCCAUUCUUCCAUAGACAUAAUGGGUCAAUCGCCAGAAGUAAAAUUUUUCCCAAUGAAAAAAUUUACAUUUUACAAAACCGAUGUUGCGGUUUCUACGGUGGUCAAUACAAGUGACGGAAGGGCAAAUGCCAGCAAAAUAACAAUUGGUGAAGAUAGAAGCCACUUUUUCUUGUGGCUUUCUGACAAGCACGCGGAACCCAUCAGAUUGAGAUGGGCGGCCAUAUUUUGUGAUGCACAAAAUUCGCACGUGAGAAACGUCAAAAAAGCGCUCAGAGACAAUCUUGACUUUGAAACUUUGGUGCUGCAAAACUCGGCAGAAAAUCUCAAAUGGAUUUACGAAAAAACUUUUGGUGAGCAAAGUGAGGUUGGAUGCAUCAUUUUUUGUUUUUUCGUGAAACUCUUGCAAGACGAAAAUGAAGAAAUUUGCUUGAAUAUUGACGGGAAGCAAAUUCAACUGGGGAAAAUUAUUCAUCACUUUAUUGGCCCAGAUAAUGAAAAAUGGAUUGGCCGCCCUAAAAUAUUUUUCUUCAUAAACCAGUCGGUUUCAACAGACGAAAUUAACAGUGGAGAGAAAUUUCAACUGCGAGCUACGAACCACAGCGGCUGGUUUAUUGUAAUCCUGCCGAAUGAAGAAUCAUCAACUGAAUUAGUGGAAAUUUUACAAUCGCCAAAGCUGAAAAUGGGAGUGAGCUUGCAGGAAUUAACAAUGAAACUAUUGCUAGGAAAGUACGGAAAUUCGGACCUCAAACCACAAAUAGCAUCUACGAUGCCUUUUCUUGUCGACUUUCCUGCGUGGUCCACAAUUUUCAUCAAGCCUAAUUUACACUUGACGAUGAGAAGCUAUGACGCUAUUUUGCACAAGCGUAAAAAUAAUUUCUGGGAGAACUACAAGCCGACAUUAAAAAUCUUUGAAGAAAAAACCGAUGAAAACUUCAAACGAGAUUUUUCUGAUCAUAAAAUUCUCAAGGUAACGAAAAAAGAUGUCACCUUCGACGAGUUUAUGAAAAAGUUGACGAGUGAGACAGAAUAUUCUGUUUUCAUAAUUUCGUCUCUUCCUGGCUCUGGAAAAACAACAAUGCUUCGCGAAAUAGCUUGUUUGGCCAGACAUGGCGAAGGUGAAAAUAUUGUGGCAAUGAUAAGUUUAUUGGACCAAAUUGAAUUUUUUGAGGAAACCCGGCGUGUUGAUGUAAAAGGGUUUCUGGCCUAUGCUACAAAGACAGAGUGGACGGAGAAGAUCACGCAGGAAAUUUUGGAUAAACGCCAAGUUUCAAUUUUCCUAGAUGGUUUUGAUGAAAUUUGUCCAGACUACAGAAGCAAAGCAUUGGCACUGAUUAAAGAAUUGGCUCGCCUAAAAUUGCCAUUAUGGAUCACUACCAGGCCACAAGAAGAAGCUGCCAUCCUUGCAGCUUUGGAAGACCAGCUGACUACAAAAGUAGAAAUAAAACAACUUGAAAAACUAGAUCAAGUGAAUUUGCUGAAAAGGUUGCUCAAAAAAAGUGAUGAUGAGUGCUUGCAAAUUUUAGACAGUUUUGCUAGCAAUGGCGCAUCAGACAUCUUGAAAAAUCCCUUUCAUUUGACUCUGAUAUCAGAGUGUGUUCUCCCGUCUUCAAAGGUUAGCUUGUUUUCAAUUUUCCGAGACGUUGUCGACAAAAAGGUGCGACAAGCGUUGGUGCGGAAAGAGUCGUAUGAUGAAACCAGUAAAAUGUUCGGUACUAAAGUGAAAAGGCGGUUGAGACUUUUGGAAAAAGUGUCAAGUGUUUUUAUAGAAACUCUAAAAUUACCAAAACUUAGUGUUGAUGAAAUAAUAGAGGUCAACAACACUGGACUCGCUACCAUUCAGGCGAAUAAAAGUGUAAGAUUCGUGCACCAGACAUUUGCCGAGUUUUUGGCUGCGAACCAUUUUCUGAACGACCUUGAAGAAAAUGAAGAUUUUGAUGCUCCUAUUUUUAUGCACGAAUCCUUCAGACAAUGCAGAACAUUUGUCAAUCACUAUCUGGCUGAAUCAGCAUCAGAGACGCAACACAACUUUACUUCAUUUAUAUCGAAGCAAAUGAGCAGUGCCACAUUAGAAUUGAUCAUUUCUGAAAAAUUGACCUGUGUCUAUGAUCUUACAAGACCACUUUUUACGUUUGAUGAGUCGCUUCAAAAUGAGAAACAUUUUAUAAAUGAGAGCUUCGCAGCACUGCAAGCCGCGUGCAGGACAAGUGAAAGUAUCGGUCUAGAAUUGCUAAAAAUGGGAGCUUUAAACUGCUUGCAACCAAAUCAACAAACGGAGGAAAUUGUUGGACUGGUUGAAGAUAUAGCAAAGAACAAUUUUCUGCAUCUACUCGACGACUUGCGAGAGAGAUAUCCAAAUUUGGAUAAGGUUAUUCAUCAAAACGAGAAUGUAAAUGCAGCGAAUUUUGCAGCAGAACAUGGGCAUUUGGAAAUGCUAAGCAAGCUUGUGGAAAUCGGAGCCGGAAUUAAUUUGAAAGACAGAUUCUAUCGCAAUGCUUUACACUUGGCAAUAGAAAACGGUGAUUUGGCGUGUAUCAAAAUUUUGGUCGAAAACGGAGCAAAUAUGGAACUGAGAGACAGCAGCGGACGCUCAACUCUUCUAGCUGCCGCCGCUUCAAACAACUUGGAGAUAGUGAAGUACCUUUUAGAAUAUGGAGCUGACCCACGGGCCAUUGAUGAAAAUAAAUUCAACGCACUGCACCUAGCCGUACAAAGUAAAAACCUUGCCAUGGCUGAAGAAAUCCUUCUUGUAGAUCCUUCAUUAAUUGAGGGGAAAACGGAUUAUGAACGGAGCGCUCUUCACUUGGCAGCCAGAGCCGGUGACGUUGAACUGUGCAAAUGGCUAGUGGAGAAAGGCGUUGAUGUGCUGGGAAUUGAUCUGGACCUGAACAACGCUUUGCAUUUGGCUUGCAAAGGAGGACAUUAUGAAGUUUCUGGGUACUUAUUAGGAUUGCGAUGCUACGAUUUGAGCGCGAUCAACUUCAGUGGCAAAUCAGCUCUUCACUCGGCGGCUAGAUGGGGACAUUGGAAGGUGGCCCAGCUCUUGCUGGAGAACGGAGAUGAUAUCAAGGCUACAUAUGUGGUCGGUUUAAACCCUCUUCAUUACGCUGUGAUUGGAGGAAACCUUGAAACCGUUCGCUUUUUCCAUGAGAGAGACCCAAGUUUAGUCAAGCAAAAGACAGAGGUCAACGUCCUUCACUUGGCUGCCUAUAACGACCAUCCCGAAGUGCUGCCUUACUUGUUGGAGAACACGGAAACCACAUUGGAAGACGUCAACGAGAAAUCCACACAAGGACUUACGCUGCUUAUGUGCGCAGCGCACAAAGGACAUGAACAGGUUGUGCGAUUUCUGUGGAGGCAUGGUGCAGAUUUGGGCUUGACUGAUGAGAGAGGAAGAAACGCUCUCCACUUUGCCGUGCAAAGUGGUAAUAGCGUAGAAACUGUGAGGUUUCUGCUCAGCGUCGACAGAAGCCUGGUCGAGGCAAGAGACAAUUUCAAUAAUUGGGUUUUCAAUCUGCUGAGACCAAGUGUUGAUUUUGAGGAAAUGAGAUUUCUUUUUGAAGCGGGAAAGGAUGUUUUGACCUGUGUUGACAAUGCUGGAUGGAAUGUCUUACAUCAGACUUGUAGUGAGGGUACAGCGAAGAACGUGCGCUUUCUCCUUGACUUAGGCUGCUUUGACAUCAACACCAGAACCGUAGAAGGACGAACGCUUCUUCACUUGGCUGCCCGUAAUGACGUCGAAGUCUGUCAAGUGUUGGUGGAAAAAGGAGUGGACCCAAAGGCAGUCGAUGAUUCAAAUCAGACCGUCUUGCACUAUGCGUGCGAGAUAGACAAUCUGGACAUUGUUGAGUACUUUAUGGGACUCGGGUGCUUCCAAAUCAAUGAAGAUCGCAACACCGACGGACAAACAGUUCUGCACUUUUCGGCCGAAAAGAACCACCUAGCAGUUGUUAAGUACCUUAUUGACAAAGGUGCAGAUGUGGAUUUGCAGGAUAAAAGAGGGUCAACGGCUCUACUCUUAGCAGUCAAGGAGGCGAGCGUCGAAAUGUGUCGUUUGCUUGUGGCAAAUGGAGCCAACCUAAAUGCUGUGAUGGACAGUGGCGUCGAUGCCCUAAUGAAUGCGUCCAGAGGAAAGAAUACUGAAAUAGUAAAAUACUUGUUGUCCACCGGCCAGUUUGACGUUAGGAAAACAAAUGAUCACGGAACCACUGCGCUUCAUUUUGCGGUGCAUUUAAGAAAAGGCCUAGAUACAGUAAAAUUGUUGGUAGGAAACGGAGCUGAUGUGAACGCUUGCGAUUGGCGAGACGAGACCCCGAUCACUUUAGCGCUGGAGUACAAAAACACUGAGGUUUUAAAUUUCUUGUUGCAAGAAUGCGAAACAAAUCGCACAUAAAAUCAAUGUAAUUUUUUUUUUAAUUUUUAAGUUUCGAAACUUUAUCAAUAAUUUGCUCUCAAGUAAAUUUUAUAUAAAAAAAAAUAGUUUGUUUUAAUUUAUGAUUACAUGUGAAUUUUAAAUUCCAAUACAAAUCAUGUAGAAAAUAAAAAUAAAUUAAGGCAAACCUUUUUGAGCAGAACCCUCUGUUGAAUGAAAUAUUCAACCAAGACAGAGCUCAAAAUGUAUUUUUUAAAGAAUUUAAAAAAAAAAUAAUCAAAUAAAAUUUUGUAUCAGAGGCUCAAAUUGAUUGUAAUGCGCAAUUUUAAAUUUAAACAAAACGAGAAACGAGAAUACGUGUUUCGUGUUUCUAUUGUAACAAGGCAUGCAACCCGCAGGGCAAAUUAAAAAAGACCACACUUAUUGGCAAUGUGCCAUCUCCCGGUUUGUCAAAAAACUAUGUAAUCUAUCCGGCACACAUGGAUGCAAUAAUUUCGCUCAAUCGCGACUUGUUUCAAAUUAAACGGACGAUUCAAAAGGCACUGCCGGUUCAGGAGUUGAUAAUCUGAUAAUUUUCUAUUCAAAUUUCAACGUAUGACCGCUUU